AUGCCAACAGACAAUGCCACCAACGAGCUGCAGUCUAAAAAUAUUUCAAGUCAACGACGAGUAGCUCAACUGACUCUUCGUCGCAUGGCUACAUUCGACUACUUGAAACGUCUGUUUUUGGGCAAGGGAUAUCAUAUGGGCACAGUUGCUAUUCCAAUGCGAGUUUUGGCUAAAAUAUACAGCACUCCACAAAUGAAAAAAAGAUCUGGUCAGCUAUUUCAACUAGGGCUAGGUAUUGGAAAGUUGCUACGCAUCGCAGAUUCGGCUGAAUUUGGGAAAGCAUUUGAUGCUCUACUAUCAGAAUUUGAUGUAGCAAUAGGCGACUCUCCCUCGAAGCAGAAAAAUAGUCUGUUUUCAAGACUAAACAAAACGUUUGGAGAUCAGCAACUGAACAACGAUGGAUUAUCUGCAUAUGGCUUACUUGAAAUAGUUCAGUUGCCAUUCGAACUCGACUUUAUUGAAACGUAUAUAACGCUGUGCGAAAUACUAGUAUUAUCAUAUAGCAAACUUUUGCCUGCUAGAGGAUCUGAUUGCCCAGAUAGCCAUUUUGAGUGUGUACAUCGACUUGAUCUGAAAAUCAAGAAACAUAUUAUUCAUAGUGUUAUCAGGGAGAUAAAUGGUGCCGCAAAGCUAAUUUUGGAAGAGCAGUUUCAUGCACUCGCCAAUGGCGAAUAA